GAGCAGAUCAGGGAGGACGCAAAGAAAACAGCUCCAGACGAUGAUCAUGCUCACUGGCAGCUCGCCGGUGGCUGCUCGCUGGUCGGCGGCGGCUCGGGGCUGUUGUCUGAGCGGAGGUGUUGGUGCUGAAACGCGCUGUCCGAGGUGCUGAGGAGCCGCCGACAGACCGUCCGUUUGUUCCCACCUUUUUUUCCCCCCCUCACAGUCGAGACGAUACGCAUGAACUGACGUGAAUGCCAAGCAGCACAACACGGCACAACCAGCCCGCCGGUUAACACGGCAACCCCGGCCGGAGUAAAUGGGACCGCACGUCGUCCGAGCGUCAGAAAGAUGGAGAGAUUUUUCCUGCUCGUCCUCAGCUGUCUCAGCGUCUCUCGAGUCACAGCGGAUAGCUUGUCGCCUCCUGUCAAUGUGACCAUCAACGCGGUGAAAGCAAACUCUGCUGUGGUGACAUGGGACAUCCCCGAGGGAGACCCCGUCAUUGGCUUUGCCAUAACACAGCAGAAGAAAGAUGUGCGCAUGUUGCGAUUCAUCCAGGAAGUCAACACCACCACACGCUCCUGUGCAUUAUGGGACUUGGAGGAAGAGACAGACUACAUUGUGCAUGUCCAGUCCAUCAGCAUGUCUGGGACGAGCCCGCUGAGCGAACCCCUGCGCUUCCGAACGCCGAAGGAAGCCGAAACUCAGGCCUCUAAGAGUAAAGACGAAGUGACGAUGGAGGAAGUUGGCCAGACCACUCAGCUGAGGGCAGGGGAGCUCAUCAUCAUCGUGGUGGUACUCAUCAUGUGGGCAGGUGUGAUUGCUCUCUUCUGUCGCCAGUAUGACAUAAUCAAAGACAACGAGCCCAACAACAACAAGGACAAAGCCAAAAACUCCUCCGAGUGCAGCACUCCUGAACAUCCGACGGGGGGGCUGUUGCGCAGUAAGUUCCCCAAGAACAACAACAACAACAAUAGGAUGCCAUCUGUCAACAUCAUUGAGGUGUGACUGCCAGGCCGUCUUCUCUUUAUCCAAAAGACUUUGUGUUCUCACAAACAAGCGGCCCCCUUUUUAAGCCCAUCUGCUUGUCAGGAUGAGGCUGGGACUCUGGGGCCCUCGGCAGCGCUUACUCUCCUUUGGCACGUGGCCUGGCACUGAAGCAAAGCCGCAGGACUCUUGGGGGGGGUGCUGGUCUGAGAGCAGAGUCAGCAGUGGAGCAACUGUGGCAAAAGUUCACUGGCUGCACUGUGCUCAAUAACUACUGUUGCAUGGGUCAGCAGAGAUUAAGGCCGAACGACUCCAGUGGUGGAGAGUCUGCAGAUAAACCAACCCCAGGGACCAAAGCCGAUGAGCAGAAACCAGAAACAUUUCCAUUCUCUCUCUCGCCCUCUGUCACCUCUUCAGUGCAUCAUCAACAACCAUAAACCUGGACAUUUUCAUUCCUUAGUUGCACUGAGACGCUUUGUCCAAAUCAUUCCCCGUACUUUAAUUUGAUUUUCUUCACUUUUGAACGUUAACACUGUCGUUCAUUCGAAUGUAUCACUGUAGUUCUACUUAUUUGACUUUUAACAAAGUGCCAUCUGAACAGUCCUGUUGUCAAUUCCCCCACCCCCCCUCAGACAGAAACUCUUUGCCAUGCUGCGGGAAAUGUUUUUCCAUUCUGGCGAGCUAAUUUUCCCCCUCAGGGAGUCCAGACUCCACCUGGCUAAUUAAGGAGCCAUUUCUUAAAUGUGCAGUGAUGAUGCCAGGGCAGCGUUAGAUGGGAUCACACGGCUCACCACCACAGCUGAAUCACCCAAUUUUGUCAGAAAAGACGAAAUCCACUCACUUGUGCUAAAGAGGUAUCUCUGCUCUGAGUCCAUAAACAGGCCAGGUUUGGUGCCAUCACAUUCGCUUUUGUCCGUCUUUCAUAGAUUUGUGAAAUGUUACAUUCCACAUCCAGGAUGAGCCCUUUAGUAUCUCCUUGUGUCUUUCUCUUUGAGGGUGAUGAAUUUCAAAGCAUUCUGGGGAGGAAAAAGAACGGCCAUAGUGGAGUGCAUCCAUCUAAUUAAUGAACGUUGAAAAAGGGGCUGGACAGUAUGGAUGUCUGCGGAGAGGUGGUCCUGCCUCGGUAGAGAUACUGAAGAAAGAGAUCCCUUGUAUCAGCAAUAACAGGCUUCGGAGAAGCACGGAAGCAAGGACUCGAAACUCUGUAGCCUCUUUGUCCAAAAACUCCACCUCCCAGCAUGCAAUGUUCAGACGGAUGAGCAAACUGCACAUUGAAUAUGAGGGAAUUAAUCCCGACUUUCGUUUGCAGGUGAUCCCUCUCCUGAACUUUCAGAGAAAAGUCUUUCAGCGCUGUUGUAAAAAUUUCUGAUGGAGAGCACGGGGGCUAAAAAAAACUUUUUAUGAGCCCAGCCUUCAAUCCGAGACAUCCUUAUGACAUCCUGAACAUAAGGGCUUCUAUCAUUUUCUUUCACAAAUCAACUCCAUGCUGAGGAGGCUAAAAAACAAUGAUAAGGGAUCAACUGUGCGCUGUAUACUGUGAGGGAACUUGUUUUGAGAAAGCAAAAUGGUGUUAUUGAGGGCUGAUUCAAACUCAGUAGUGCUGCCUUAAAAGUAAUUAUAUCUUAUGAUUUAUCUAAUAAGACGGAGGGCCCCGUAUCUCACAUUUGUGUCAUAUUCAUCGGCUUUCACAUGAUAUUUAAAUGUGUGUGCAAAGUAAAAGGAAACAUUACAGACUGUUGACAUGUAGACCGAGCUUAAGCAUUUAAUGUGUAAAUACAUUUUAUAUUUCAUUCUUGUUUGGUGGUGUCAGUUUAGAGAGCCUUUAAAUGAAAUAUAGCAAGACUAAUGUGGAAAAUGUAUUCACUCAUAAUGUAAAAGGGUACAGGUUAUUCUUAAUAUACUGCUUUCAUGAAUGAGAUUUUUUUUAAUUAUGUAUUUCUAUUACAUUAUGUCAUUGUGCUGUUUAUGUGCUAGAAGAAAAGACUUUUUGAUGAGGAAGAUUAAUGUUUUAAACAACCAUUGAAACAUAAAGCCAUUCUGCUGCUGAAAAUCGAGCUCCUUUUGUUCUGCACAGACUCUAUCUCAGUCUGCGAUACCCUGGCUAGUCAUUGAAGGUGGUUAAAAGAGAGCAAUGAAGGUUACGGUCGAGCAGGGUGGGUAGAAUGAUGACUAAUCCAACAGCAGUCUUCUAUCACUCCCCUACCUCCCUCUACUUCUACUCUUAAUAAGAGCUGAAAAGCUCGGGCUUGCACUCCUCCAAUAAGCACUGAUUCACGUCAGAGGCAAGAGUAAAGUCACAGAGUGAGAAGAAGGGGUGGAAGAAAGUCGCAGGGGGCCCCUCUGACUGAUUAACAUAGACGUUUAAGCCGUUGCCAGGACAAACUUGGUGACGCAACGAAAUGGUGUUCUGCUGCAUUACACAGAGUGAUCAGCACCUCGCCAAAAACUUUGGCGGCCGGAAGGUUGAAUCCAUUUUUCCCCCCAGAAACACUGCACCAAUGGCUGGAUCUCCCAAUAAAUCCAUCCAUCCACAUAGUAACAUAUAACGAUGAUUGUCUCCCUGGAUAAUUUCCUUGGAUAAGGGCCAUGUCAUUACUUUGCCAACAAUAUGUUUCUCAAUGGUAUUCCUCUUUUUUUUUUUUUACAUCCCUAAUACAGUUUGUUUUUUUAAAUGAGUAUAACAUCAGCAGAGGUUUCCACUGAAUAAAGUUAAAACUGAGUGUAUAAUAAACUCUAAAUGAUGGUAUGUUGUGUCCAUGUUGACACUGUACAUAUUGUAUUCCUUAUUAUUGGUUUAAAUGUAGGGCUAUUGUGAGUAUCCACUUUUGUGGCGGGUUGUUGUCCAAUGUUACUGGGGGAAACACAUUUAUUUGCUUUCUUGCAGAGUCAGAUGUCACGUUCAACUCAUGGCACAAAAGCAAAUAAGUGUACUUACCCCCAAAAAAAUAUGAUGCAAAGCAAUUCCUUUGUUGUUUGAGUGAGCUCUCCUACAAAGAGAUGAUAAUCCAGCAGCCUCAGUUUGAUGGUAAACCGCUGUGGAAUAUCAAUAUACGGGUCAUACAUGUUGGGUUAAUUAGAAUCUAAUUCAAAUCCACACAUUUCAUAUCUGGUGGUGGAGUGCAGUGAGGUUUCCUCCAGCUAAAAGAAGCAAACAGAUCUGUAACUGUGAGGAUGUUCAGCCACUAUUAACGUUUCUGGUUUAGAAAAGGUUGAGCUGUCAAUCACAAACGAAAAGCAUUUUUCCUCAAUCACACUCGACUAAUGGUGACGACUGUAUGAACUCAACAUUCCACUUCGGCCCCGUGGUGGCAAACCACUCUUUAACAACACACUGAGGACUUUUCUUUCAGUGUGAGAGGCCUAAGGUUUUCUCAUACUACUGUACGUAUGAUACAAUGCCUGAAAAUUAUUGUAUGCUUGGUAGCAGUAAUGGACUCUUUUGUGUUGAGACUGAGGAGUUUUUGGCUUUCAAAACAACUUACACACUAUGUAUUUUGUAUGAGAUUAGGAACAUGUCUGGAAACCUGAACGCAUAUUACAAAGAAGAAGUUGGACUAUUUCAUUAUGGGUUCUUGAAAUAUAGGAAUGAGAUCCACAAAGAAGCAUGGUUUAGAAAAAUGAACUGCUUUAUUAGUGCUACCAUGUUUAUAUUCAUUGUAUGAAGUGUACAGCAGUCAUUGCUUAAUGAGGGCUAGCAUGGUUUAACUAUUAUGCACAAGGUUACACAACUUCAAUUAUGAAGGAUGCUUACUUGUGUAUGCUUAAAUAAAAUAAAAAAAUAUAUAACAUUUUCCACAAACAGGCUGCGUUUGGGUCUAUUUUCCCUUUAGUGAACAAUAUAUGUGAAUCUCAGCUUCAACUGUCCGUUUUCUCAUCACAAAAAAAAAGCACAUACACCCACAACUGGCCAUCUUUCUGUUACUGGGAAGUCCACCUGAAAAAAAUCACCCAACAACAUGGCUCCAAGCAUCAACAUUAACUGUUGAGUCAGUGCCUUGUGUAAGAAAACGUGCCUGUGUUUGUAAUGACUUUUUAAAAAAUCAAUGAGACAUAAACAACAAAACACAACAAAUCACUCGGAUCUUACUCAAGUCCCACAUUAAAUUAUUUGUCUAUGCAUCAAUGAGAGAAAUCGUUGGCGUGACUGCUUGGCUGAGCACGAGGAAUGAGGCGCUGGGAUUUCGUAGCAGAUACACGACUUCUUUCUCUUUUGUUAUUUUGGUGGUGCGGCUCUGUUUUGACAAAACCCAACACAGCCGCAGAACAUCUGUGAGACAUGUCAGAUAAACACAAACAGUUUCCCUUCGCUGCUCAGAGCCCGCUCAUGACACUGACGGGGCAAAACAUUUCUGGAAGGUGUAGAGAGACAUGCUGUGGCUGCACAGCGUGCGUCGUGAGGCCUUCCCUGACACCCACGCACCUCUUCUGCCUUCUGGAUGGUUGGCCGAGGACAGGCUGCCCCACUGUAUGUACAGAUAGGAUUACUUUUAACAGCCUGCAUUAUUCAGUGGAAGGGAGCCGUGCUGAUAAGUUCCAUGUAUUUGAGCUCCGUGGG